AUGAAGUUUGCUCUUUUCUUCUUCACAAUAGUUUUGGUUUUGGGGCAACGUGACGAAAUUGGUAAGAAAAUCAUCGAAGAGUUGAAAAAUGGUGUGGAGAGUCUUAAUAACGUCAAACGAGAUCUGGAAAAUGUGAUCUGGAAACCGAAACCGAAAGAUGUCGUUCUCAAUCAAAAAGACGUCAAACAGCGCCCAAAAGUCCUUGUUAAUUCCGAAGAAGGACCUGUCAACGUGGAAAAAGACUGUGGUGGAGGAGUGAAGGUCAAACGUGACCAACUGAUAGACACGUGUACCAGUGGUAAACGGAUUGGGAUCAAUGAGUUUUAUCAGAACGAACGAGUGUAUAAUGCAUCGUUGACGAAUGUGAGUUCAAUUCAAUGGAGUGAGAGUGCAUAUGUAGUGAAGGAGAUGUUCAUAGAGGGGAGUAAAUACGCGACGAGUGAUUUUGGGUAUAGCAGUUGUGUGAUCAAUCGAAUAGAAGGCGAAGGGUUUGUGUCGGAUGCUGAUAUAGACAUCUUAUGUGGGGACGCGAUGCUGUUUACUGAGUAUUACUUUGGAUACGACUGCUCGACGAAUAACGUUGUAUGUGACGGGAAACGGAUUCCAAAUUACAUGUAUGAUACAACGGAUUUCAAGCAGUACAAGAAGUGUGACACAGUCUCUGUGUUGUGUAACCCUGAUACCGUCUGUUACAAUAAUACUGUUGUUGAUUGCCCAACGGAAUUUAAUUGUAAUUUGACAUAUUCUGGCGUGGAAAAGUGUUCUAAACGAUGUGAAGCUGUCCGAACUGUGUAUACGUGUGAAUGCCCCGAAGACAAGACGGGGCAAUGGUGCGAAAAACAAGGAGAUUUGACCUGCGAAAUCUCUAAAGUCGAAUCAAAUGCACUUGGAAAGGGACAAGAAGAGUUUUUGGACCGUGGUGAUCCCAAUAAAGAUUCUGCGCUGAGGGUUUAUCAAUUCGACGGGAAAAAAGCAGUAGAAAUGAAAUUUAAAGUUGAGUGCACAAAUGAAAUCAGUCAAAAUACUACAGACAGUUGGUUCAUUAGUACUGAAGAGCUCAAAAUUUCAUCUGAUCCUAAUCGGACGUUAAUAGUGUCAGUGAUCAAUUUUUAUAACUUAGCAGAUCGCAGUGAAACGUUUAAAGUACAUUUGGGAGCAAAGCAUUAUACUGGCGAGGAAAGUGUUACGGUUGAACUCCCUCUGGAUUUCUUGCAGAACUCCAAGUCAUGGAACGGAGAUACUAUGUAUGCUGAAGUUCAAAUAACCCCACCAUUCACAACUACUUCCUUCUCUAUUAACAGAUUUUAUAUUCAAAGAGAACAUAAAGAAGAUAAAUACAAUAGAACAGUCUGGAUUAAAACCAAUUGGUGGUGGAUAUUGAUCAUAUUUGUCGUCCUUGCCUUAUGUGUUUUUGUAUGUGGAUGGUAUUAUUACAAAAACACUGACGUAUUUGCGCGUGUGAAAGAUGAUUAA